AUGACAUCAUUUCUGAUAUUGAGGCCGAUGACUGAUAUGAAGGAAGAGAAUUUUCAAGUCUUAGUCUGGAAAACAAAAGUCGUAAAGAAGCUUGAGGUAACAGAACUUAUUAAUGAAAAAGUAGAUAUGUAUCUUCAGAAAGUAUGUGAUGCAGAAGUUAUUAAAAAAGACGAUGAGAUAUGGACAUCAAGAGAAUAUGUAUUAAGGAAAGAUGGAAAGCAUUCUAAAAAAUGGGUUAAUAAUGGAUGCAAGGUAACUGAAAUCACCAAUGGUAAAUUAACUGCAAUUCUCGUUAGUUAUGAUAAAGAACUAAAAGAAAUUUUUUCAUUAAAUAUACUUGAAGAAUGUUGCUUGAUAAAUUUGGCCUAG